AUGAAUCCCAGAAUCAAGAGCAGUAGUGAAUCAGCUGAACUAGUUUCUUCCAUAGAUGAUCUCUUACUCCAAAUACUGUUGCUUCUGCCUAUCAGAUCACUCAUUCGUUUCAAAUGCGGAUCCAAACACUGGCUCUCUCUGAUUACCAAUCCAAGAUUUUCUCUGCUUAGAAAUCCCAAUCCUGCAAUUGGCUUGUUCUUCCAUCGCAGAGAUUUUCAUAUCAACCCAGAAUAUGAUUACAUCCACUUUGAUACUCAGAGCCAGACAAAUCCUCCUUUCAAGAAGCUCAGAUUCACUGAGGAGAAUUCCAUCAGCACCAUCUGCAUUCUGCAAUCUUGUAAUGGACUGCUGCUUUGCUCUAACUUUGUCACUUCCCACAGGUCUAAACGGAACUACUACGUCUACAAUCCCACAACAAAACAUUUCUCCACACUCCCAAACACUUCCCAUGUUGUUCUUGGAAUGAGCUUGACUUUUGACCCUGCAAGCUCACCUCACUACAAGGUUUUCUGCAUUCGCAAAUCUGAGUCUGCUCGUAACCAUUACCAGAUUGAAGUUUAUUCAUCUGAUACUGGUCCCUGGAGAGCCGUGGGAGAUCCAUUUGUUUCCAAUGCUUGUUUCGGGAAUGGUGUGUACUGGAAUGGCAUGAUACACUGGAUUAGCCCGGGAGACAAUUUUUUGAACUUCACCAUCUUGUGUUUCAAUGUUGAUCUGGAAACGCGGGGAGAAAUGCCCAUGCCACCGGCUCGCCAAGGGGGAUACGUUGGCUUCUUUGGAGAAUCUUGUGGUCACUUGCAUCUUAUUGCAACUUAUGAGGCAGAAGGUGAAAUUGACGUGUACGAGAUGAAGGGCGACUGUUCUGAGUGGUUUGUCAAGUACAAGGUUGAUGUUAGGCAGGUUUUAUGUUGCAUUUCCUGGGAUGGAAAGGCCAUAAGGUACAAUCUUGUGGAUGGGAGUGUUGAUAUGCUUUGUGAGUUUGAGGGUGCUGAGAAACAGUCGUCCCUCAGAUAUCUUGACCUUGGCUUUCAGUAUAUUGAGUCUCUUUGUUGUGUUUGA